UCAGAAGUGGCAGCAAUAAAGGAAUUGAUAUGGCAAGAAUACCUUCAAUAUUUGCUAGUCAAGGAGAAGAAGUAUGGAAACUUUAUAAGGAGAAGUGAAAUAAAUGGUUUUUGUGAUCAGUAGGUCUUUGUUAAACAUUUUAUCUCCAGAAAAGCAACUGUACUGUGGGGUUGACACAGUAGGGCCAGACCACCCUGUCAAUGUUGCAUAAGAGGUGUGUGACAGGUAAUGGUUAAAAUUUAAGAUGGCAGCUUGUUUGCAAUUUUCUGAAAGCCUUUGGCAACCUCUUCAAUGCUGGAAAUGUGAUCUAUUGAAAAGCACUGAGAGUGGCGGCAGUAAAGGACAGGUCCUUAAAUUUUUCUGUGAGCUUGAAGAUGCCAUGGCGGUAUCAGAUAGAAAAUACACUCAUUGUGGAGGGAGAUUUUUGAUGUACAAAGAUUAA